AUGCCAGGAGAUCUGGAAAUCCUGUCACCAGAUCGACUUUUCAUUUUCAGCUCCCCCCGAACUGCUUCCAACCUGUUCAUGCGAAUUUUGGCCAGACCAGACCAGCCCAAAGUCUUCCUUGGUGAUCCUGCAGACGAGCUUGUCUUCCUUCACCCAGUAGUUCACCUAAGAGAUACUGGACUUAUGCAAAAGCCCUACGAUGACUGGACCGAUAAUGAGAAAGCAGAGCUUAAGGACAAAUUCCAACAUGCCUUCAACAAGUUACAUAAUCAUAUGGAGACCGCGCGAGCAGCGGGGAAGGUCACUGUGGUCAAAGAGCACGCGUCCUUUUUGAGCGAACCCCUCGGGCGAGAGAAGCUUAUCAACGGGAAUGGGGCCUGCACAGGAGAUCUUCCAUGGAAUGUGCAGCUGCCAGAAGAAUACAACUCGAUGCCACCGAAUCUAGCCCCGAACGAAACGGUCCUUCCCAGCGAAUUCCUUCUCACCUGUUUCCCAACUUUCCUCAUCCGCCAUCCAAUGCUUGCUUUCCCGUCCUAUUACAGGGCAUUCAAUGGUGUUAAAGAAAGGGAUACAAUACAGAUAGAGGAUAUUCAAAGCCACCUCAAGUGGACCAUGACAUUCAAAUGGACACGGAAUCUGUACGAUUGGUACACAGAUGUGUGGGCCAAAUACGGGGCAGCCCUCAAUCGGCCGAAGCCCGUUAUCCUGGAAGCAGACGAUAUUAUGGGCACUGAAGUCAUUGUUAAUUAUUGCAAGCUCGUCGGACUGGAUCCGAGGAAGUUGAAGUAUACCUGGGAGCCAGUUCGUGCCUCUGAGCUGGCUCCUCUGAGCAAACAAAUGCGGCGAAUGAAAGACACGCUCCAUGCAUCGACUGGGAUACUCAAGGAGAAGAUAUCGCAGGAUCUUACUUUGGAGGAAGAAGUUUCCAAAUGGAAGGCUGAAUUUGGAGAGAGCCAAGCUAGUCAGCUUGAAGAGUGGGUCAAGGCCGCUAUGCCUGACUAUGAAUAUUUGUGGGGGAAUCGACUUACAUUGUAG